AUGUUCUGGCUUGGACUUGUCUGUAUAUUCACUUUUUGUCAGGCAGAACAGAUCAAAAAAUUACCUGGAGCAAGCUCUAAGCUCAAGUCUAAACACUACUCCGGAUUCUUUAACGUUACCAAUAAACACUUUCUUCAUUAUUGGUUCGUAGAGUCUCAAAAUAAUCCAAAAAAGGACCCGAUAAUCUUCUGGUUUAAUGGCGGUCCGGGAUGUUCUUCACUGGAUGGACUUCUCAACGAAAUGGGACCGUACUUUGUAAAUCUCGACGGAAAAGGUCUCAGAGAAAAUCCUCAUUCUUGGACUGAGGUAGCCGCUCUUGGAAAUUGUAACUUCCUCCAGAUGGCUUCAAUGGUAUUCAUUGAAUCCCCUGUAGGGGUGGGAUACUCAUAUUCUACCGAUGGGAACAUCACCUCCGACGAUGACCGGACGUCGCUUGAAAAUUACGAAGCUAUCAAACUAUUCUUCACGGUGACUGUCAACGGUUGGUAA